AUGGCCUGCUCGAAAGCCCUCCAGCGCAGCUCAGCUGUUUUGUUGCGGAAUGUUAUGCCAGCCCAAGGUCAGCUGGCUGUGCGGGCCAGUUCCUGGUGGAGUGGUGUACAGAUGGGACCACCGGACGUUAUCCUGGGCGUAACGGAAGCCUUCAAGCGUGACACCAACCCGAAAAAGAUCAACCUGGGCGUUGGUGCGUACCGUGACGAUAAUGGCAAACCCUUCGUGCUGCCGAGUGUGAAAAAGGCUGAAAAGCGUCUGGCGGACAAGCAGCUCGAUCACGAAUAUUCACCAAUUGGUGGUACGGCCGAAUUUUGCAAACACAGCAUCCUGCUAGCCCUCGGCGAUUCAAACGAGCAGGUGGCAAAUGGGCUCAAUGCAACUGUGCAAGGUAUUAGUGGUACCGGGGCUCUUCGCAUCGGUGGUGCCUUUCUGGCCAGUUUCUUCCCCGGACCGAAGGACAUCUACCUGCCGACACCUUCGUGGGGUAACCAUGGACCGAGCUUCCGACAUUCGGGACUGAACGUAAAGUCGUACCGCUAUUACGAUCCAUCCACCUGCGGGUUUGACUUCGCUGGAGCUCUGGAAGAUCUGUCGAAAAUUCCGGAAAAAUCCAUAGUAUUAUUGCAUGCCUGCGCACACAACCCAACGGGCGUCGAUCCGAAACCUGAACAGUGGGCAGAAAUGUCGACCGUCAUUAAGAAGCGCAAUUUGUUCCCAUUCUUCGAUAUGGCUUACCAAGGCUUUGCCAGCGGUGACGUCGACAAGGAUGCACUGGCAGUGCGCGCUUUCCUACGCGAUGGGCACCAGAUUGCAUUGGCUCAGAGCUUCGCCAAGAACAUGGGUCUGUAUGGUGAGCGUGCGGGAGCAUUUUCACUGGUAACUGGAAGCAAAGAUGACGCGGAUCGUACAAUGUCUCAAAUUAAGAUUAUAAUUCGUCCCAUGUACUCGAACCCACCAAUUCACGGUGCACGUCUCGUGUCAGAAAUUCUCGGUGACAAGCAACUACGCCAGGAGUGGCUCGCCGAUGUGAAGUUAAUGGCGGAUCGUAUCAUCUCCGUACGUUCAACUUUGCGUAACAACCUGAAAGAGCUGGGCUCAUCGCGCAACUGGUCUCAUAUUACCGACCAAAUCGGAAUGUUCUGUUUCACCGGCAUGAACCAGCAACAGUGCGAACGUUUAACAAAAGAGUUCAGCGUUUAUCUGACGAAAGAUGGCCGCAUUUCGAUGGCUGGAGUCACUUCAAAGAAUGUGGCGUAUCUGGCCGAGGCUAUUCAUGCCGUCACGAAGUAG